AUGCAGAAACACCAGAACCCUCAACCAGCUACCUCCACUCCUAUCAUUGCUCCGCAAGAUGAGACAAAGGUCAUGUUGCAGCAGCUGCUCCAAGGACAACAACUCCAUGGGAAAGCUCUGAACCAGGUUACUACCGAGAUCAAUACCAGAAUGAACCAUAUGUUCAGAGAUUUGAGCUCCAAGUACGAUAAUGUCGCGAGCCAUAUGAGACAGAUGGACAUUCAGAUAGCUCAGACUGCUGAGAGCGUCAAGAGGCAGCAAGGUACUCUACCUGGUAAAACAGACAAAAAUCCUAAGGAGUGCAAUGCAGUUCAACUGAGGAGCGGAAAACAACUUUCCAAGCCGGAGAACAAGAGGUUCACCACAGCUGAGAAAGGGAAGCAGAAAGAGUCAAAACAACUACCAGCCGAUACCCCGGCAGUUGAGAGGAAUACGGAACCAGCAGUUGGAACAAGUUCGCCAGGGCCAGAACAACCAGCUGAAGCUGUUCGCCCGAUCCCAGAGGUUGUUCCUCCUCGCGAAUACAUUCCUAAAGUCCCUUACCAUGUUCCAGCAAAGGCCACUCGUAAGGAUAGAGAGGAGAUGAAGUGCAGGAAGAUGCUGGAGGACCUAACCGUCCGACUCCCCUUGAUGGAUGUGAUCCAGAUGAUGCCCUCCAUGCGCAGCUUUAUGAAGGGAUUGAUCUCAGGAAAAAUAUCAGAGAAGAGCGAAUUCAUGACAGUUUCCAAGGAGUGCAGCACAGUGCUUCAGAAUAUGCAGAUAAAGAAGCGAGGAGACCCCGGCAAGUUCGUCCUCUCUAUCCAGUUUGGGAAGACAGUUUUUGCAUGCUCCUUGGUUGAUCAUGGAUCCAGCGUGAACCUCAUGCCUUACUCUGUAGCACGACGUCUAGGACACACGCAUUUCAAACCAACUAAGAUGUCCUUAGUGUUCGCGGAUAGAUCAGUCAAAUCCCCAGUUGGUAUACUAGAGGAUCUCCAAAUAAAGUCGGAAACACCUCUGUUCCAGCAGACUUCGUUGUUCUAG